AUCUAAAGAGAGACGAAAAACAGGGGAGAAGAUUUGAUCGGCAUCGACGACGGCGGCGGCGGCGGAAGUUAUGGCGAACCUAGAACCCGAAGCAGUCGAUUUCGAGCCGGAGGAGGAUGACCUGAUGGACGAAGACAGUGCAGCAGCUGAUCUCUCCCCACGCGCAGCCAAUCCGCGGCUUAGGUCCACAAUAGCCGGAGCAAACGACGAUUCAGCUCAGAGGAAGACCAAAGGCCGUGGCUUUCGCGAGGAGAAAGAUUCCGAUCGCCAGCGUCGCCUAUCCUCUCGAGAUUUCGACUCACUCGGUUCCGAUGGUGGUCCUGGCCCUCAGCGAUCCAUCGAGGGGUGGAUCAUUUUGGUCACUGGAGUUCAUGAGGAGGCACAGGAAGAUGAUAUUUCCAAUGCUUUUGGUGAUUUUGGGGAGAUUAAGAGUUUGCAUCUCAAUCUCGAUCGCCGUACUGGUUUUGUCAAGGGCUAUGCUUUGAUUGAAUAUGAGAAGAGCGAAGAAGCACAGAAUGCUAUCAAGGCAAUGAAUGGUGCCGAGCUUCUUACACAGAACGUCAGCGUUGACUGGGCCUUCAGCAACGGACCCAAUGCUGGAUCUUACAGGAGAAGGAACAUGAGGUCUGGGAGGUCACAGCGUUCAAGAAGCCCGAGAAGACGUUUCUGAUUGUGUUUCAUUUGGUUCGGGAGUUGUCUCCACAUCUCUCAGUAUUUGGGAUUCUCUCUCUUUAUCUGUAUGCCGCUGAGUGUUUCUGACUCUUUUCUUCUGGGUUGCGUAGGUUUGGUUGUUGUGUAUGUGGUGUGUAUCUUAUGCAUUUCCAUAGGAUUGUUGCGUUUUUUGUAACACCAUGAGAGAUAUGGUUCAAUGCUUCUGGUUUGGUAGAAGAAAAAACAUUGGUUGAGAAUGAUGCUUUAGAUUUUACUAGUA